AUAAAUUAUUAUUCAUUCAAUGACGUGUUGGAAUUCUAAUUUCUCAUGAGCAAUAAAUUGUCCUUUGAAUAUAGAAUAUUUAUUAGUAGUAUUUAUAAUUUCUAUCUCUUCUGUACAUUUCAUGGUUUGAAUAAGUUGCAUCAUUAUUGUUGAUUUGUCAUUUCUAUCCUAAAUAAAGAUGUCCGGGACUACUGUUAACGAACCGCAAUUUGUUUCAAAAGGUAGCCCAUUGGGUCCAGUUCAUAAUGAUGGCGAUCCAUCAUCCUCGUCAUCAACAACAGCAUCAUCAACUGGAUUUAUAAACAAUUCCAAUGCACUUGGUAUGGAACCAUUGGGGGAAUUAGAUGGAGCAAUCAACAAUCUAGCCAUGAGUGCCAAAUAUAAUCUAACACAAAUGAGUUUCAAACAAUUACUUUCGGAUCGUUGGUCUAAAUUACAAAGCUGGGGAUCAUUUAUCGAUACCAGUCGUAUGAUAUUACCGAUAUCCAUUCAACAAUGGUCAAAACGUUUAGUAACGAAUUUUAAACAUUUCCAAAGCAACUACCUGUUCGUCUUUAUCAUUUUAUGCAUAUAUUGUAUUUUGACAUCACCUUUGCUAUUACUCGUAUUAGCUGCAAUCACCGCCGCAGGUUAUAUAUUAACAUUGAAAAAUGCUGAACGUCCCCUGAAAAUAUUUGGAAAGAAAUUGAAUAUAGGCCAACAAUAUCUAGCACUUGGUAUUUGUUCAUUACCAUUGCUGUAUUUGGUUGGUGCUGGUUCUGUCGUAUUCUGGGUGAUUGGUGCCUCAUUAUUUGUGAUAACAUUACAUGCAUCCGUUUAUGCAAUCGAAAAUGGUGCACAACAUUCACAACAAUCAACUUCAUCAUUAGUCGAACCAUUUGCAUUCGAAAUACAAAGUGUUUAACGAAAAAAAAAAUACUUUUUCUAUUUAUGUUUAAAAUUAUUAUUUUAUUUAUUGCUAUUUUUGAAACCAUUUCCUAUUAUUUUCGAUGGGAUCUAAUUUGUAUUCUUAUAACACAAAAAUUGAAUACUGAAUAUAAAUACAUAAUGUACAUGA